AUGCCACCUAUCUCGCCAGCCAGCAGCCCAGAAGGAACACAGCACGGGCAAAGUAUUGACCAAGAUAUCAAGACCGAGCCGGCGUAUGAUGUCGAGAAGGGUGCGAAGCAAGCCACGCCGAGCGAGGCCGAUUCGAACACUCGGCCGGAAGCUCGUUCAUCUUGGGCGAAGCAAUGGCUGUCCCGAGCCGAACGAACCUUGAUGAAGUACAAUGUCGAAGCUCGUGGUAUCCAGAGAGUGUUGCCCGAAGAUCGACACGAAAGGACCAAGUUCGGGUUCAUGCAGGUCUUCCUGCUCUGGUUCAGUAUCAAUCUCGAGGCGGUCGUUCUGGCACUGGGGUUCCUGGGUCCUAUCGUCUACUAUCUCCCCUUCACCGACAGUGCUCUUCUUGCGGUUUUUGGAUCCAUAACUGGAGCCUUACCUGUAGCAUACAUCGCUACAUUUGGCCCUCGGUCCGGCAAUCGGACCAUGAUUCUGACCAGAUUCAUCACCGGCUGGUACCCAACCAAGCUCAUUGUCGUGCUCAAUCUCAUCAUCUUCAUGGGCUACCUCCUCAUCGACGCUGUAAUCGGCGGCCAGAUCCUCAGCGCAGUGAGCACGAACGGCAGCCUCAGCGUCAUCGUUGGUAUCGUCAUCGUCUCGGUGAUAACCUGGAUCAUAGCCACCUUCGGCUACAGCAUCUUCCACCUUUACGAGCGCUACGCCUGGCUUCCUCAGCUCAUCGUACUGUCUAUUCUUGCCGGGGUCGCUGGGCCCAACUUCUCCCUCACUAGCGACCCGUCCGCAGGCUUAUCUUCAAAUGUCAUAGCCGGCAACAGACUCAGCUUCUUCAGUCUCUGCCUCGCGGCCCAGAUCACCUAUGCCGGCGCCGCCGCCGACUUCUUCGUGUACUAUCCCUCCAACGUCUCUCGCACGAAAAUCUUCCUCGCCACUCUCGCAGGCCUCACCCUCUCCUCCACCUUCGCCCUCGUCGUCGGCGUAGGUCUCGGCUCCGGCACUGCGACAAACCCACAAUGGCUCGACGCAUACAACAUCUCCCAAGGCGCCCUCAUCGUCGAAGGCUUCAAACCCCUCGGCUCCUUCGGCUCAUUCUGCAGCGUUAUUGUCUCCCUCAGUCUGAUCGGGAACAUGGUUCCACCAACCUACGCCUCCGGAAUCGACUUCCAAGCCCUAGGCCGCUACUGGGAGAAAAUCCCCCGAGUCAUCUGGACCGCCGUCGCCAUCAUCAUCCCCAUGAUCUGCGCCAUCGCCGGCCGUGCCCAUCUCGCCGAGAUCUUCACAAACUUCCUCGCUCUCAUGGGGUAUUGGGUGAGUAUCUGGAUGGCGAUAAUCCUGGAAGAGCAUGUUGUGUUCCGAAAGUGGAUGGGACGAGGGUGGGAUUGGGAGGAUUGGAAUGAUCGGAGGAAGUUGCCGGUGGGGAUUGCGGCGCUGAUUGCGUUUCUGGUUGGGUGGGUUGGGGCGAUCUUGUGUAUGGCGCAGGUGUGGUAUGUGGGGCCUUUGGCGAGGUUGAUCUCGGAGUAUGGUGGUGAUAUGGGGAACUAUGUUGGCUUCGCUUGGGCUGGGGUGGUGUACUUGCCCUUGAGGUGGUUAGAGUUGCGGAAGUUUGGGAGGUAG